UAAUCCAGCUGCCAUGGCUCCAGAAAGUCUGGAGUCCGUGAUAAUUUGAAAUUCUGUUCUGCAUUUUCCCCCUUUUGAUCAAAAUUUUUCUGUAUAAUCUUUGAUCAAAAUGCUUGGUAAUGAUAGCCAGUCAAAAAUAUUCUUAAUGUAACUUGUACAAGUAAAACACUAGUACCUUAUUGUUAUUGGAGCACAUUAGCUUUAAGAUAAACUUUUGAAUCAAAAGAAAUCUGAAUUUAAAAACCAGUGGGGGACUUAUGAUAAUAUAACGUGAUAACCGUUGAUCUAGGAAAUGAUGAAUUGUUAAUAUGAACUUUAUCUCAUUUAAACCUUAAAGAAUUUGAUAUCUCCUUUACUUUUCCCUCUCUUCUUUUUUAAGUUUUAUAUAGCUAUCUUUUCAUAUUUCUAUGCUGCAGGAGACAUUUCCAGUCCUUUUUCUUCUGAGGUAAUGACAAAGUCUCUUAUGGAAGGAGUUUCAUAUGAACAAACAGGAAAAUAAAUUCCCUACUCUUGUUCUAGAAAAUAUAUCUUAUGUUUCAAGCUGCUGUGGUUAUUGCAGGCCUAUAUCUGUUAUGGGCUUACUGUUUAGAUUGCUGUUAUUUUGUGUUUGUGAACAAAGACCUCAUGUAAACAAACAUUUAGUUUAGUGUUACUGCUUUCCAAAAAAAAAAAAAAAUUUUACCUAAGUGGUAAUAACAGAUUUAUCAGUACUAUCUAUACAAAAAUUUGGUACUCAACCAGAGCUUAUGUUUCUAUUUAUCUAAGGUUCUAGAAUGCGACCUCACGUUGUAACUAAGAAAAUAGAAAUUUUGAAUGCAUAUUUAUUUUAUAGGAGAACUUUCACCUAAACAAGUGAGUUUGUUUCCAUGUCUUUACUAUAAAAUAAAGCAGCAAUAUAGCAAGAGUACAGAUAAAUUGUCAUCAUUUAGACGUGACAACUGACUGUAACCAGUGAAACUUUAAAAGCACACCAGUCUUAGUUCUUUGAGUUAUACAGGUAAGUAGCCCUAUAUUUUUCAGUUGAACUUGAUUGUGCCAUUAUAUCAUGAUAAAGUAGUAAGAAAUCUCAGCUACCUGAAACGCUUAGGAUAUGUGUUAUUUUGAUCAAUCAAAUUUUUCAGAUAACUGGAACCUUUUUAUAUUAGUUACCCACAAAUACCACCUCAGACCACUGAUUAUGCUUUUUGCUUGUCUUUGGCAUGAUGCACUGGCACAGUGGGCUAAUUUCCACACACAGUUAAACAUGCCUUACAGUGUGUCUCAAUUGUAAAAGUUCCUUCAGAGGAAGAUGUUGAGGGAAAAAAAGAACAUAAUGCUCACUUUAAAUGUUAAUAUCUGUCAUUUUGGAAGAAAAAUGAAUACUGAAAUUACUUCUGUAUUGUAUACAGUAUUACCACCAAUUUACUGUAGUUAGGAGUUCAACCUUGAGUUUUAAUGACAGAUUCCAGCAAGAUGAUUUCAGAUGGCAUCUGUUAUUUUAUUGUAAGGCUGUCUUCUAAGCACAGUGCUCCAAACCUAUCUGAUUCUAUAACUUGAGGCUGCAUAUUAGUUUUUUGUAAUUUGGUAACUACUAUUUAAUUAUAUCUUUUAAAUUAUAGAGAUUGGAGUUUAAAGAAGGUAAAUAUUAUUCGAGAAUAAAUAAACUCUUUACUUACCUGUUGCCACAUCACAAAUUAUCUGAAAAUGUAGUGGCUUAAUACACAACAGUAAACAUCUCUCACGGUUUCUGUCAGUAAGGAAUUGGAGAGCAGUUUGGCUGUAGGGUUCUGGUUUUCGUUUCUUGUGAGGUUGCAGUUAGAUGUCAGCUUGGGCUGCAGUCAUCUGAAGGUUUGGUUGCGGCUGACAGAUCCACUUAUAAAAUGGCUCACUUACGUGACUGACAAAUCGAUUCUGGCUGUUGAAGGGAGGCCUCAGUUCCUCCCCACGUGGGCUCCUUAAGUGUCCUUAUGACAUGGGGACUAGUUUGCCCCAGAAUAAGUGAUCCAGGAGAGAUCGCAGUAGAAACUGUAAUGUCUUUUAUGACCUAGCCUGAGAAGUCACAUACCUUCACUUCUGCCGCAUUCUAUUUAUUGUUCACGCAGGCAAGCCACAAUUCUAUGUGGGAGGGGACUAUACUCAAGUGUGAAUACCAGGAGGCGAGGAUCAUUGGAGGCCAUUUUGGAGGCUGGCUAUCACAUCUUUUAAAGUCAGUAAUGAUUUUACAUGACUUUCGAACUGGUCUCUAGUAGGACUCUGAGGGAGGAUGAACACAGAAGAGCUGGAGUUAUUGAGUGACUCUAAAUACAGAAACUAUGUAGCUGCAAUCGACAAAGCACUGAAAAAUUUUGAAUACUCCAGCGAAUGGGCAGAUUUAAUAUCGGCACUUGGAAAACUUAACAAGGUUUUACAAAAUAAUGCAAAGUACCAGGUAGUACCCAAAAAGUUGACCGUAGGAAAACGCCUAGCUCAAUGUCUGCAUCCAGCAUUACCUGGUGGAGUUCAUCGGAAGGCACUUGAAACAUAUGAAAUUAUCUUUAAAAUCAUUGGACCUAAGCGGCUUGCCAAAGAUCUUUUUUUAUAUAGUUCUGGAUUAUUUCCUCUUCUUGCAAAUGCUGCCAUGUCUGUGAAACCAACUUUGCUCAGUUUGUAUGAGAUGUAUUACCUGCCUUUGGGUAAAACACUGAAGCCUGGUCUACAAGGAUUGCUAACUGGUAUUCUUCCUGGUUUAGAGGAAGGGUCAGAAUACUAUGAGAGAACAAACACAUUGUUGGAAAAGGUCGCUGCUGCAGUGGACCAGUCAGCAUUCUACAGUGCCCUCUGGGGUAGUCUUCUCACCAGUCCUACAGUGCGUUUACCUGGAAUCACGUAUGUUCUCUCCCAUUUGAACAGGAAGCUUUCCAUGGAAGAUCAACUGUAUAUAAUUGGCAGUGAUAUUGAGCUAAUGGUAGAAGCAGUAAGUACUUCGGUGCAGGACUCUAGUGUACUUGUGCAGAGAAGCACACUGGACCUCAUACUCUUCUGUUUUCCAUUCCACAUGAGUCAGGCCACUCGACCAGAUAUGAUCAGGAUUUUGUCCGCAGCUCUUCAUGUAGUACUAAGGAGGGAUAUGUCCCUGAACCGAAGACUUUAUGCAUGGCUUCUCGGUUUUGAUAACAACGGUGCUGUCAUAGGACCCCGAAGCACAAGACACAGUAAUCCUGAAGAACAUGCCACUUACUAUUUCACUACCUUUUCAAAAGAAUUGUUGGUCCAGGCAAUGGUGGGAAUCUUACAAGUGAAUGGGUUUGGAGAAGAGAGCACACUAAUGCAGGACCUAAAACCAUUUCGGAUUUUAAUCAGUUUACUGGACAAACCUGAGCUAGGACCUGUAAUUCUAGAAGAUGUCCUGAUUGAAGUGUUUAGAACAUUAUAUUCCCAAUGCAAAGCAGAGUUGGAUCUUCAGAUGGAGCCACCCUUCAGCAAGGAUCAUGCUCAGUUAAGCAGUAAAUUAAGGGAAAACAAGAAAACAGCAGAGCUGAUUAAAACUGCCAACCUUCUCUUUAAUUCCUUUGAGCCUUAUUAUAUGUGGGAUUAUGUUGCACGUUGGUUUGAAGAAUGUUGUAGGAGGACACUGCACGUCAGACUUCAUAUUGGGCCUGGAGAUAGUAGUGAGUCAUCUGAGUUACAGCUGAUCAAUUUCUGCUUACUGGUGGAUUUUUUGUUGGAUAUAGUUUCCUUGGAGACUUACAUUGAAAUCCAGACAGAACAUUUGCCCCAGUUGCUGCUCAGGAUGAUCUCUGCACUGACAAGCCAUCUCCAGACGUUGCACUUGUCUGAACUCACAGAUUCACUCAGGCUCUGCUCAAAGAUCCUUAGCAAGGUUCAACCUCCACUAUUAUCUGCGGGUGCUGGGGGUGUGCUGCAGUUCCCAAAGGUGCAGAACAAUUCAGUCAAAGAAUGGGAAGACAAAAAGGUGUCAUCAGUUUCUCUUGAAAAUCCUACUGAAGUGUUUGAAGAUGGAGAAAAUCCACCAAGUAGUCGAUCAUCAGAGAGUGGAUUCACUGAGUUUAUACAGUAUCAAGCAGACCGAACUGAUGACAUUGACAGAGAACUGAGUGAGGGGCAGGGCACAGCUGCCAUCCCAGUUGGUAGCACAUCUUCCGAGACAGAAACAGCAUCCACUGUGGGAUCUGAAGAAACCAUCGUCCAGGCCUCUUCCAUAGUUACUCAGGGGACAGCAACCCGAAGUGGAAAGACAGCCCAAAAGACUGCAAUGCAGUGCUGCUUGGAGUAUGUCCAACAGUUUCUAACCAGACUGAUCAACCUCUAUAUCAUUCAGAGUAACUCUUUGUCUCAGGUUUUGGCUACAGAACAACAAAAGGAUCUCAGCAGAGAGCAAGGAGAGACAUCAAAAUGGGACAGAGAUUCACAUGGAGAUGUGAAAGAGAGAAACAUCAGUAAACAAAAAAGUUCAAAAGAAUACCUUUCUGCCUUCCUUGCUGCCUGUCAGCUCUUCCUAGAGUGCUCAAGUUUCCCAGUUUACAUUGCUGAGGGGAACCAUACAUCAGAGUUGCAUUCUGAAAAAUCAGAGACUGACUGUGAACAGGUGCAGCCUCCACUCUGGCUCCAGACUCUGAUGAGUGCUUGCAGCCAAGCGAGUGAUUUCAGUGUUCAGAGUGUCGCUGUUUCACUAGUCAUGGACCUUGUGGGAUUGACUCAGUCUGUGGCCAUGGUCACUGGGGAAAAUGUCAAUAGCGUAGAGCCUGCACAGCCCUUAAGUCCAAACCAGGGAAAAGUAGCUGUGGUUAUUAGACCUCCCCUCACUCAAGGCAAUCUGAAAUACAUAGCUGAGAAGACAGAAUUUUUCAAGCAUGUAGCUUUAACAUUGUGGGAUCAACUGGGAGAUGGGACACCUCAGCACCACCAGAAGAGUGUGGAACUGUUUUAUCAGUUACAUAACUUGGUUCCUUCUUCUAGCAUCUGUGAGGAUGUUAUAAGCCAGCAGUUAACCCAUAAAGAUAAGAAAAUAAGAAUGGAAGCGCAUGCAAAGUUUGCAGUUCUUUGGCAUCUAACAAGGGACCUCCAUAUAAAUAAAUCUUCAUCUUUUGCACGUUCCUUUGACAGGUCACUGUUCAUCAUGUUAGAUAGCCUUAACAGUCUAGAUGGUUCUACUAGUUCUGUGGGACAAGCCUGGCUGAACCAAGUCCUCCAGAGACAUGAUAUCGCAAGAGUUUUGGAACCAUUAUUAUUGCUCCUGCUUCAUCCAAAAACUCAGAGGGUUUCAGUGCAGCGUGUACAAGCAGAGCGUUAUUGGAAUAAGGCACCAUGUUAUCCAGGAGAGGAGAAUGACAAGCAUUUCGUGGAAAAUUUUGUCUGCAGCAAUGUAAGCCAAGUGCAACUCAUUACAUCUAAAGGAAAUGGUGAAAAGCCACUUACCAUGGAUGAAAUAGAGAACUUUAGUCUCACUGUUAAUCCAUUAAGUGACAGACUUUCCCUUCUAAGUACCAGCAGUGAGACAAUUCCAAUGGUUGUGUCUGAUUUUGAUCUUCCAGACCAACAGAUAGAAAUACUUCAGAGUUCUGACUCUGGAUGUUCACAUUCCUCUGCUGGGGAUAACUUGAGUUACGAAGUGGAAGCUGAAAAUGUGAGUGCCCAAGAGGAAUCUCAAAUGCCAAAGGCAAGCUCCCCAGAUGAUGAUGUUCAGCAGGUAGUGUUUGACCUAAUUUGUAAAGUCAUAAGUGGUCUUGAAGCAGAAUCAGCAUCAAUUUCAUCUCAGUUAGAAAGUGAAGUUAUGACAUCACAGUGCAGUGGUUUAGAUAUGGGUGAGGAGACAAUUAAAAAUGAAGAUCAGUCCACCCAGCAGAAUCAGAGUGGUUUGCUGAGUGACAAAAGUUCACAGUUUCUGUCUGUGUCUGCGGAGGACGGCUGUCAGUACGUGACAAAUGGAAUCUCCAGAAAUAGCUCCUCACCUUGUAUUUCCGGAACCACACUGACUCUCCAUGACCCUUCUGUUGCUUCUACAGAAACCAAAUCUAGACAGAGGAGUCACAGUAGUAUUCAAUUCAGCUUCAAAGAAAAAUUAUCAGAAAAAGUCUCAGAGAAAGAAACAAUUGUCAAGGAAUCAGGUAAACAACCAGGAGCAAAACCCAAAGUAAAACUUGCCAGAAAGAAGGAUGAUGACAAGAAAAAAACUUCAAAUGAAAAACUCAAACAAACCAGUGUAUUCUUUAGUGAUGGUCUGGAUUUAGAGAACUGGUAUAGCUGUGGAGAAGGAGAAAUCUCUGAAAUUGAGAGUGACAUGGGUUCUCCAGGAUCACGGAAAUCUCCCAACUUUAACAUCCAUCCUCUCUAUCAACAUGUACUCCUGUAUCUGCAGUUGUAUGAUUCAUCAAGGACUCUGUAUGCUUUCUCUGCUAUCAAAGCCAUCUUGAAAACUAAUCCUGUUGCCUUUGUAAAUGCCAUUUCAACCACUAGUGUAAAUAAUGCGUACACUCCUCAGUUGUCUCUGCUUCAGAAUUUAUUGGCCAGACAUCGGAUUUCUGUUAUGGGCAAAGACUUCUAUAGUCACAUUCCAGUGGACUCUAAUCAUAACUUCCGGAGUUCUAUGUACAUAGAAAUCCUUAUUUCCCUCUGCUUAUAUUACAUGCGUAGCCAUUACCCAACUCAUGUCAAGGUUACUGCACAAGAUUUAAUAGGCAAUCGAAACAUGCAGAUGAUGAGCAUAGAAAUUUUGACACUCCUCUUUACUGAGCUGGCAAAGGUAAUAGAAAGCUCAGCAAAGGGUUUCCCUAGUUUUAUCUCUGAUAUGUUAUCUAAGUGUAAAGUUCAGAAGGUAAUUCUUCACUGUUUGCUAUCAUCUAUCUUUAGUGCACAGAAGUGGCAUAGUGAAAAAAUGGCAGGUAAGAACAUAGUUGCUGUGGAAGAAGGUUUCUCAGAGGACAGUCUUAUCAAUUUCUCAGAGGAUGAAUUUGACAAUGGUAGCACGCUCCAGUCACAACUUCUGAAGGUGCUUCAGAGGCUGAUUAUUCUAGAGCACCGGGUAAUGACUAUCCCUGAAGAGAAUGAAACAGGUUUUGAUUUUGUUGUAUCUGACCUAGAACACAUCAACCCCCAUCAGCCCAUGACUUCUCUUCAGUAUUUGCAUGCUCAGCCAAUCACAUGUCAAGGCAUGUUCCUCUGUGCAGUGAUACGAGCUCUUCAUCAACACUGUGCUUGUAAAAUGCACCCACAAUGGAUUGGUUUAAUCACAUCUAGUCUGCCUUACAUGGGAAAAGUUCUACAGAGAGUGGUUGUUUCUGUGACACUACAGCUUUGCAGAAAUUUGGAUAACCUAAUUCAGCAGUACAAAUAUGAAACAGCUUUAUCUGAUAGUAGGCCUCUGUGGAUGGCAUCAGUUAUUCCACCGGAUAUGAUUCUUACUCUUUUAGAAGGCAUCACAGCUAUUAUCCAUUACUGUUUGUUGGAUCCAACUACCCAGUAUCACCAACUUUUGGUCAAUGUAGACCAAAAACACUUGUUUGAAGCACGUAGUGGAAUCCUCUCAAUCCUUCAUAUGAUCAUGUCCUCUGUGACAUUGCUUUGGAGUAUCCUGCAUCAGGCUGAUUCUUCAGAAAAGAUGGCUGUUGCUGCCUCUGCAUCUGUUACCACUAUUAAUCUUGGAGCCACAAAGAACUUGAGACAGCAGAUCCUUGAAUUAUUGGGGCCCAUCUCAAUGAAUCAUGGUGUUCACUUUAUGGCUGCCAUUGCAUUUGUAUGGAAUGAAAGGAGGCAAAACAAAACUACCACCAGGACAAAGGUCAUUCCUACAGCCAGUGAAGAACAGCUUUUACUAGUGGAACUGGUUCGUUCAAUCAGUGUCAUGAGAGCAGAAACUGUUAUCCAGACUGUGAAAGAAGUUUUAAAGCAGCCGCCAGCCAUAGCAAAGGACAAGAAACAUCUUUCAUUGGAAGUCUGCAUGCUUCAGUUUUUCUACGCUUAUAUUCAAAGGAUUCCAGUGCCCAAUUUAGUGGAUAGCUGGGCAUCAUUGUUGGUACUUCUGAAAGACUCUAUACAAUUGAGUCUUCCAGCUCCAGGGCAGUUUCUUAUACUGGGGGUUCUCAAUGAGUUUAUUAUGAAAAACCCUAGUUUAGAAAAUAAAAAAGACCAAAGAGAUCUUCAGGAUGUAACACAUAAAAUAGUAGAUGCAAUUGGUGCAAUUGCUGGUUCUUCUUUGGAACAGACAACAUGGCUGCGACGAAAUCUUGAAGUUAAGCCUUCUCCCAAAAUAAUGGUGGAUGGAACCAAUUUGGAAUCUGAUGUUGAAGAUAUGUUAUCACCUGCAAUGGAAACCUCAAAUAUAACUCCCUCUGUAUAUAGUGUUCAUGCAUUGAUACUACUCUCUGAGAUUUUGGCUCACCUUUUCGAUAUGGUUUUCUAUAGUGAUGAAAAGGAAAGAGUUAUUCCAUUACUUGUAAAUAUUAUGCAUUAUGUUGUGCCCUACCUCCGAAAUCACAGUGCACAUAAUGCCCCUAGUUACCGAGCCUGUGUCCAGCUGCUUAGCAGUCUUAGUGGUUAUCAGUACACACGGAGAGCUUGGAAAAAAGAAGCCUUUGACCUCUUUAUGGAUCCCAGUUUCUUUCAGAUGGAUGCCUCUUGUGUUAAUCAUUGGAGAGCAAUUAUGGACAAUUUGAUGACACAUGAUAAGACAACAUUUAGAGAUUUGAUGACUCGGGUAGCUGUGGCUCAAAGCAGUUCACUCAAUCUCUUCGCAAACCGUGAUGUGGAGCUAGAACAGAGAGCCAUGCUUCUCAAAAGAUUAGCAUUUGCUAUUUUUAGCAGUGAAAUUGACCAGUACCAGAAAUAUCUUCCAGAUAUACAAGAGAGAUUGGUUGAGAGUCUCCGUCUGCCCCAGGUGCCAACUCUUCACUCUCAAGUGUUCCUGUUUUUCAGAGUGUUACUUUUAAGAAUGUCUCCGCAACAUCUUACCUCACUCUGGCCUACUAUGAUUACAGAACUUGUACAGGUAUUUUUACUGAUGGAACAGGAACUCACUGCUGAUGAAGAUAUUUCACGGACUUCCGGCCCCUCUGUGGCUGGUCUGGAGACAACCUAUACAGGAGGUAAUGGCUUUUCUACUUCAUACAACAGCCAGCGAUGGUUAAACCUCUAUCUCUCUGCUUGCAAAUUUUUGGAUUUGGCUCUGGCUUUGCCCUCCGAAAAUCUUCCUCAGUUUCAGAUGUACCGAUGGGCCUUUAUUCCAGAAGCCUCAGAUGAUUCAGGUUUGGAAGUCAGAAGGCAGGGAAUACAUCAACGAGAAUUUAAACCUUAUGUGGUACGACUAGCAAAACUUCUUCGGAAAAGGGCAAAGGACAAGGAGGAGGACUUUAAGACAGUGAUUUUGGAGGGAUUGGAGAUGGCCAAGCAUCAGAAAAAUCCAGAGGAAGACAACUCAGGGAGAAUGCUGGGUUGGGAGCCGGGGCACUUGCUGCUCACCAUCUGUACUGUGCGCAGUAUUGAGCAGCUCCUGCCAUUCUUCAAUGUACUCAGCCAAGUCUUCAACAGCAAAGUCACAAGCCGAUGUGCAGGACACUCAGGGAGCCCUGUCCUCUACUCAAACGCCUUCCCUAACAAGGACAUGAAACUGGAGAACCACAAACCAUUUUCCAGCAAAGCCAGGCAAAAAAUAGAAGAAAUGGUAGAGAAGGAUUUUCUGGAAGGGGUGAUAAAAACUUGAGCACCACAAGUGGCUCCAUUUAGCUUAAAUGUAAAUUAUUUAAAACAAACACCACUCUGAGCUGUAUAGUUUUUGUUUUUUGUAUGUAACAAAACACUUCAGGUUGUAUUUAAUUUAAAUAUUUGUAAAUAAGAGCAAAUGUCUGAAUGUGGCCUGAAUCAAGUUUAAAUAUUGUUGGCUCAUACUGAUUUAUGGUGCCUAAGAGAGAUCUAUAUAUACAUAGUCCAUUGUUUUAGUGUUCUGAGUUGUCUUAACCUGCAAAAUACACCCUGCACAUUUUUUUCUACUGGUUUCAGGCUUUGCUUAAUUUAGACAGAUGGGGGAUUUUUUUCUUUUCCAUCAUUAAUUAACAAUGUCCUAUUAUCAGAACGAUACUUCUGUCAGAGGUUUUGGAAUGUAUCACAAUUAGUUUUUCUUCCACGUACAUUCACUAAGAGCAGUAAAAAAUUCUUCCACGUACAUUCACUAAGAGCAGUAAAAAAUAACUGAAGCCUGGGCCGUACAUCCUUACAAGUGUUGCACUAUCAUCACCUCAACCUCUCAGUAUAGAGAUGUACAACCUCCAUAUUUAUGCCUCUGAAGUCCUGGUGAUGGUAAUCAAAUAGGUAAGUCUUCUGUGUUCAUUCCAAAGACUGCUAUGGAAAAACUGUAUCAAAGAUGGUGACUACUGCAAAACAGCAUUUUAGUCAGGUAACGGUGGUGGAAAAGAUGUCACAAGGAGUUAAAUAAGCUUUUAUUUUCCAGCAACUCUUAUGAAAUCUUCCCUACACACAUUGUAAAGAUUGUAAAGUUAAUGACUGGAUCAUAUAUUUAAAUCCCAAUAUUUUACAUCAGUGAGAUUGAAAAUAGAGGUUUCUUUUUUUUUUUUUUUAAAAACAAGAAAAACUAUAAGGCUUAUCUAUU